GGGAGGACCUGGGCUCCAGGAGGCAGAGCACGCCCAGCGCGGGAAGGGCCACGGCCCCUGGGCAGCCCGCCUGGCCCCUUCCCGCAGACAGCACCGCGCCAGGGCCACGUCCCUCCCUUCGGGGCUGAGUAACGGGACUGGCAGGAUGGGAGCCCCUGGGGAGACGGAGGCAGAGGGAGGAGGAGGGAGACAGGUGAUGGGGCCCCUGCCUUUCCCUCCCCACCUGCCUCUCACUCCAAGUGGCCGAGAAACAGGGGCGGCGCAUCCGAGGGGCAGCAUCCCGGCCUCGUGGCGCCACCUGGUGGUGAUGGGGAGGAAACACAACGCAAGCGGCCGGGAUGGGAAGGGAAGGGAACUUGAACAGCAGUUGCUGCUCCCCACCCCUGCCUGAGUCCGUGUGUGGCCAGCUCAUCACCCCCGGCUCAGCCAUGCUGCCCUGCUGCCCUUGACCUUGCCUCUGCCACUUCUCCCCGUCGUCUUCUGCUCCUCCCCGCUCGGAGCAGGGUUUCCCCUCCAGAGUGCCGGCCUGGGCCUGAGUCACCGCCGGGGCGGCACACUCUGAGACCAGGGCGAGGACUAGAGCCACAAGUGGCAGGCUCAGGCUCUCUGUGCCUCCUCCAGCCAGGCCUUCCUGGGCUGAUUUUUCCUUCCUGUGAGGAGAGGAUCGGACAGCGGAGCCCAGAGGCUCCUUCCGGGGUGAACGUCCAGAGCCAUAGGCAUCACAUCAUCUCAGACAUUCAUGGCAGGAGAGGCGGCUGCCCUCAAGGUCACCAGGGACCUGAAAGCCGCUGUCUCCGCCAUCCUCCAGGGCUACGGGGGUGGGCAUCGGGUCACAGAUGCCAGCGCGGAGCUGCACGGACUCUGUGGCUGCCUGGAGCGGCUGCUGCAGUUUGACCAGAAGCAGCAGAAGAGCUUCCUGAGACCUCAGAAGGAUUACUGGGAUUUUUUCUGCUCUGCCCUGAGGCAGCAGCGGGGGGACGCAGAGCCAGUCCUCUUUGUCCACUCCCAGGCCAAGCUGAAGACCCCUCUGGGGAAAGGCCGUGCCUUCAUCCGCUUCUGCCUCGCCCACGGACAGCUGGCCGAGUGCCUGCAGCUCUGCCUGCUGAGCACAGAGCUCACCAGGGAAUGGUACGGCGCCCGGAGCCCCCUGGUGUGCCCUGAACUCCGGGAGGACCUCCUCGACACCCUCUACGCUCUCAACGGGGUGGCCUUCGACUUGGACCUGCAGCGGCCGGACCUGGAUGGGGCCUGGCCCAUGUUCUCAGAGUCCCGCUGCUCUAAUUCCAGCCGGACGCAGGGAAGACCCAGAAAAACCAAAGACUCCCCAAAGGAGAUCUCAACUGUCAGUGGAGGCCCCAAAGGAGUCCAGCCAGAGGAGGCACACACCAGCCAGGCCAGCUGUCUGCGGGAUGCACCAGGGGAAGACCGGUUGGCUGGACUCCUCACGUCCCAGCAACACGGGCAUCUGCCUCCCUUUUUGGAAAAGAAGAAAGAAGAUCCUGGAAGCCUCAGGGCCCCCCACAGCAUGCGGGAACCAGAGAGGGAGAAGCUACAGCAAGACCAGGAGAUGGGAUCCCCACGGUCAGGGAUCUGCCUGGAACACUCAGCACCCAGCAUCCCGGGGCUAAGGGAGAGGGCCAAUCAGGCUCUGAAGGAGGUGGUAGAGACAGAGGGUGAGGGCCAAGGGGCUGUGCUGAGUACAGAGGGUCCAAGAACAACAGAGGGGACUCAAGAAAGGGAAGCAGAGUGGGGUCACGACCAGGGGUUGCUGGUCUCCAGCCCCAGAGGGACGAAUGAGAGCUCCAUGUCACGGAACAGGCAGGAGAACAAGGAACCUAGCAUUCUGGGGGAGGCCAGCGUCCUUCGGGGCCUGGGAACAAAGGAAGGCUCCACCACAGAGAAGCCACAGGAACACACAGGAGUGACCGGUGUGGCCAGGAAGGAAGAGCAAGCAGAGGUGGCCUUGCAGGAUGUGGUCAAGACUCUCAGACACAGGCUGCAGAAGACCAAGGAGCAAGCCCUGCACCAGGAGCAGCUGCUGAAGGAGCAGGAGAGGGAGCUGAAGGCACUGCAGGAGCAGCUCAGCAGGUGUCAGGAAGAGCGGGCCGGUCUGCAGGCAGCGCUGGAGCAGAGGCAGCAGGAGGCUGAAAGGAGGGGCGCCGUCUACGAGGAAGAGCUUGCAGGGCAGCGGGACCUGAUCCGUGCCAUGAAGAGGCGGGUGCUGGAACUGAUUCAAUCUCACUAAAAUGAUUGUGAAAGAAUAAAACUACCAACAGAGAGGAAGGUGGAGAAGCCAACCAGAGAUGAGAGAUUCCAGCUAACUUCCAGAAGCCAAAAAAAAAAAAAAAAAAAUGGAUGGAGAAGCCCAGUUAGAACUUCAGGGUCCAGAGACACCAGGCACACAUCUGGCAGAAGUGGGAUGUGCCUAAAUCAGGGAAAUUAACUGAAGAAGUGGAUAGAAAGACCAAUGUAUAGCCCCGGCGUCCAGCCUGCCUCCCCAACUGCACAACACUCAACAGUUGAGGAGCUUAUCUGCAUAGCAAAUAAUUCAAAGGUCCUUAUCUGGAGGAAGUUAGAUAGCCCGAAUAGAAGAGCAGUGUGUUCUGGCUUUUGAGAGACCCACGUGGCAGGUACCUCCCAGCCCAGUGCCCCCUAAAGGGAAGCCUGAGUCAACUACCCUGGCGCUCUGCUUGGAGCUCCAGCAGCUUUAAUGCUUCUUCUUAAAUGUGAAAUGGCAACCAAGUUUUUGUAAGCAUUUGAGUCAGUCUAGAUGAAGAUCAAGGGAGAGAGACAAAGAUAAACAAAGAAAGCUCCAUCUCCCGUGAAACAAGAGUCUGUGAAAAGCGACCACCCAAAGAUGAGAAACAUUCUUGGAAAUUAAAAUAUCACUGAGAUUUUUCUAAAUUCACUAGGAUUGGAAGGGAAAGAUGAGUCAAUCUCUCAGAAAGUAGAAUAAAAAGAAUAGAGAGAUGGGACACAUGAGAGAAAUAUUUAGAGACAUAAAGAAUCAAUCUAGAAGUUCCAAUACCUUCUCCAACUGACAGGAAUUUCAGAGAGAGAGAGAGAGCGAGAGCGAGAGCGAGAGCGAGAGAGAGAGAGAGAGAGAGAGAGAAGAGAUUAUUAGAUAAAAAUAUGAGAGACUUUCUCAGUUCUAAUGGACAUAGAUCAUAAAGAUUUCAUUUAGUGACCAGAACAAUGAAUGAAAAGGGGGGUGGGCACAUCUAGAUACAUCAUUGUGAAAUUUCUAGGAAAACUAUCCUAAAAGAUAGGCCACUUAUGAAAGAAGUAGAACAUAACAAAUUUUAAGAAUCAAUGGUGCAAUACUUUUAAGUUCUGAAAAAAAGCUGAAUUUUGCCCUAGAAUUCUGUGUCCAGCUCAACUAUAGAUUAAGUAGGGGAGGAGAUAGAGGAAAAGACAUUUUCAGACAGAGAGUUCACAGAAAAGUCACCUCCCACACAGUCUUUCUUACGAAGAUAAUUCAGGAUGUGUCCCAGAAAAACAAGGAAGCAAGCCAAGAAAGGAGAAGAUGUGGAAUUCAGGAGUCAAUAGCUCUAAGCCAGGAGAGAACAAAAGGGAAUUCCCGACAUGACUAGUGGGCAGCAAGGCCAGGAGGCAGUCAUUCCAGGCUGCAGCACAAGUAUUGCAGGCCCAGGAGAAAGGUCUCAGGGAAGAAAGAGAAUCAGAAAAAUACCUGAUGUGAAGAAUUGGGGUGGGCAAGAAUAAU